CAACACUGAUAAUCUAAAAAUACUUUUUUGAUGUAAAUGUUUUCAUCUCAUCAUAAAGACUCAAUCUUUCUUUCUCCAUCACAUCGGCGGAAAUGAGUUUUCACGUCUGGCAACCCGGACCAGCGGCUGAGGUUUCGCGGCUGGUUAGCCAGCUGAUCGCUGUAGACGGCUCCUGGCAGUCCGCUGUGGGUGUUUCUUCACCGCCAUGCUGAAGCCUGGAUGACCCGAGGAACUAAUAACAGGACCCGACCUGAGGCUGCUUAUGGCUCUGUACGACGAGAACAUCCUCAAGAACCCGUUCUACUCGGCGCUGGAGAAGCAGAGACCGGACCUCUGCAGCCGCGUGGCAGAACUCCACGGCAUCGUCCUUGUGCCUCGUUGUGGGAGUUUGACCGCCAGCAGCUUCUCGGACUCCCGAUUCGACAGCUAUGUCCUGCAGCCGGCGGGGGACGGGUACCGGACUGUGGACGGAAAGGCGGCGGCGUGAGGAUCCUCUUCGAGGACGAGCUCGGCUUGGCAGAUUUCCACCUGCCCAACAAGAGCUGCGUGCUGUACGUGUCCGAGUGCGACGUGGUGGCUGGAAACAGCUACAAGAGGAAAUUGGUCCGCUACAGAAAUACCAGCAGCCACGGCUUCCAGGAGCUGGUUCUGGUGGAGAAAACCCGACUGAGUGAGCAGUACUUCGGCGCCAUGCAGAAGUUGGUGGUGUUUGACCUCGGCCUGACCCUGUUGCCAGUCGGCGGGCAGGCCGAGGCCUCGCAGCUCAUCGCGCAGAUCGUCCAUGGGGUCGGCAGAGAGAACCCCUUCAGGAGGAGGACCUCGUCCCGGCUGUUGGACCCGCUGGUCCUGGCUCUGGUGCAGCAUGUCCCCGGGGUCGGCCGGGUCAAAGCUCUGGCCCUCCUGGAGCGGUUCUCCAGCAUCCAGCAGCUCUGCAACGCCGCCCCCGCCCAGCUAGAGCCCAUCGUGGGUCAGGCUGCGGCUCAGCAGAUCCACGGCUUCUUCCACAAAGACACUGCUGCUGGAACCUGAUGGUUCAACUCCGGGUCCUUAUUCCACCAGGGGCGUUUGGGGGGAAUGACGUGGAUGCACCUCGGCACUCAAACAAGUCCAAGUUUGGUUUGUUUCUGCAGGUGUUUGAACUACAAGAAGCUAAAUGUGUCUACUGUUGACUGCAGGAAGCCCAUGAGCCCGAUUACAACACAGACGUGGUCUCAGAGAUGACAGAGCCACGUAGUCUGGAUAUAAGAAGUGGAGUUUUGACGUUUUAAGUCUAAAGUUUGGUAUUUUAGUCAAAAGUCGGCAUCUUUAAUUCUGUUUUUACUUAACAAAUAGGUAACAGUGAGCACAGGAGGAGGCGCGUAGAGGAUUCACUGUUCAUUUAUUCAGACCACAGAGGUUGUUUUGUUGCCAUAUAAACUUGUUUAUCUCUGCUGUAACGUUGUUCAUUUUAACAUGGAGGGAAAUGGGAAUUGAGCAGAUCAGAUUUAGGAAUAAUACAACAUGUUUAAGCCUGGGCUUUAAAGAGUUAAUAGCAAAUUUGUGUUAGCUGCAACAUUAACAUAAAGAUAAUAAAACAAUUAGCUGAGAUCAAGUCCUAUCAAUGCAAACACUGAACAUCAAGAUAUUAAAGUCCUCUCUGCUGCUGCUGUUGUGUUGUAACAAAUAGCAAAUGUGACGCAUCAGCGAAAAACAGA